AAUGUGGACUGACGCUAUUCUCGUUGCGUCAUAAGAGGGGACCGUAGCGAAGACGAAGCAAAAUAAGCUCCACGACUGCUGUGAAUGCAGCUGUGUUUACAUCAUAUCUGUGUACGAGUGUACCGUAACUGUACGUCUAAGAUUUGCUUGGUAUCUUUGUUGCCGAACCAUUGUUGUUUCCUGUGUCAUACGUCUGCUAACCGGCGAUUUCACUGGUUGAAUUGUCUACAGCAGCUGGGUGCCUUAAAGUUGAAGUUGAAGUUGGUUGAAUUGUCUGAAGACAUUUGCUUAACACGAACAGCUCGCCAUGCCGCGAGCAAAAAGAAAUGUCAAAACAUUAUUGGAAACUUGUCUACAAAACGUGACACGCAACAUAGAGGAGUGGUGCAAGCAUUACGUCGAGACCUACGGCAAAGAAAAGAAACUGUACCUCUAUGUCAUUGGUCCAUUUGAUCCAUUGCCCUCUAGACUAUUGGUUCGGAUAAUUGACAUUCUAAGAGAUGAGAAGCGAUUAAAGAAGCAUCACUUGGAGCUCUUAAUUACUCAACAACUCAAUGCCUUGGAUCUUUCCAAGGAGGGAGAUGAAAUUGCUUGUCAUCUCCGUCUUGCAUCAAUCAGAUGCCCACAACUGAAAACUUUAAAAUUAAAUGGCUGUCAGAAAAUCUCCAAACAAGUUUACCAGAAUUUCCUCCCUACUUUCGAAAAUUUACAAGUAUUAGACAUUUCAAACACUAGUUCAGGUGACAGUUGCUUGUAUGUCCUUGGGGCUUACUGCAAAGACUUGAGAGAAUUGGAUGUGACCAGUUGUCCAGUGACAGAUGCUGGUAUUAAAGGACUGUGUCUCAGCAUUGACGAUCUUGGAAAGGAAGAUAAAAGACUGGGACAAUGUAAAUUAAUUCACAAAUUGAUGGUCAGCUACACCAAAGUUACUCAAAAGGGCAUCAUAAUUGCUCUUGAAAACCUACCUAUUUUAAAGGUCUUUGAAUGUUGUUCUUCUGUCCAAGCUUUGGCAGAAAUGCACCUAGCACCGUACGAAGACAACAUCCCAGACAUAAAAAAAUAUUCGCUGAUUGACUUACAUUGCACAAACGAAUCUUUCUGUACACCAUAUAAGAGUGGUAGUCUGGGACUAGCUUCGUUACUCUGCUCGUCUGUCAUGAAAGUGCGGAUUGUGACGCAAGAAGGAUUGACUGACAUUGAUUUACUUGGACUUCUCUCACUGGAAAAUAUGCGUGAAUUCAGCCUCGGAGGAGGUGAAGAGUGUGAAAUAACGUUUGACGGUGGUGUGGCGCCCAUUCUGGAAGCAUUCGGAAACUCUCUAACCUCCCUGACAUUGGCGGAACUUCCCUGCGUCAACAUUCGAGCCAUCACCGAGUAUUGCCCUAACCUUCGCUUUCUGUUCCUGGUGAUGAAUCAUUCGUAUACGAUGGCCUGGCCAGAAGAAGAGCGGAGGCCAUUCAGCCCGAAACCGAUCAAAACAGAGCCAAUAUUGAUGAAACUCGAGUCAUUGCAUCUUGUCUGCGUUUCUCAUCUUCGGUCAACGUCUGUUAUUCCGUCCGAAAGCCUUCCUUCUCUUUUAUCAUCACCGCAACUUGUGCAUCUUUAUGUUAAAGACUGCGUUACGCUCACUGACGAGGUUCUCAAAAAGGCAGCCAAUCAUUUCCAAAACAUGGAGCAUUUGGAAUUAGAGCAAUGCAAUUCGAUAACAAAAUUAGGAGUUGAUUCAGUCAUGAACGACAGCAAUCCUCUCAGAGUGAUCAAACUAUGGGAAUGUCGAUCUCUGUCGCGUCAAAAUGUUUGCGAUUGGAACAAAAAAGCUAAUAAGAAGAAAUGGCAAGUAUCGAUUGAAUGGAGCUAAAAGCUCCGGUGUCGCUUUGCCAUCUGUUUAAAAUAUCGUUUAUCUUUUUUUCGUUAACGAUGAGCUAAAUUUUAUAACAAAUUGAAAUUUAUAGUCCCACGCCCCAUUAUUCCCAUGCAAACAGAUAUAGCCUAAUAAACUUACAAUCUAGGA